UUUGGUAGAGAACAAAAAAAACGAAGCUUAAACCCUUUCUCUUCCUCCGCCGCGUUCUCAAAUUCCUCCAAAGCUCAACCUCUGAAGCUCAAGCUCAAGAGCCUUUUCGAUUUUUGAUUUCUUAAGAACCAACCAACCUUUGCUUUCGUACCCUUCUCUGUGAUUUCGUUUCCAAACGAAACGCAGAGCUUUGCACACUCUCUGAAACAUGGCGACUUCAGCUGAUGCUCGAGCGGUAAAGUCGCUCAACACUUCCGGGGGGCGUAAGAAAUUUGUGUUCAAGAAUUUCGCUGAUAGAAUCAAUGAAAUUAACACCAACAGCAACUUGUUAGAUAAGGUGAAGGCUGAGCCUUCUGAAGGAUCCACUUUUUUCAAGGAUUGCCUCGUAGAAUGGAGGGAACUGAAUACCGCAGAAGACUUCAUUUUAUUUUAUGAAGAAAUGUUACCAUUAGUCCAGAAUUUGCAGUUGGUUAUUGUGUAUAAAGAAAAAAUCGUCUCGGAACUUGUCUCCCGAUUACAAAUGAAAGCAAGAUUGUCUCUGGAACCCAUUCUCAGGUUGAUUGCUGCUCUAUCAAGAGACCUCUUGAAGGAUUUUCUUCCCUUCUUGCCACGAAUUGUGAACUCGUUAGUGACUCUCCUAAAAAAUGGUGCCCAUAAAGAGCCGGAGAUUAUUGAGCAGAUAUUCUCAUCAUGGUCUUCCAUAAUAGAGUCCUUGCGGAAGUAUCUCUUAUGCGACAUCGAAGGCAUUCUCAGGGAUACGUUGGAAUUGAGGUAUCACCCCAAAGACUAUAUCAGUGAAUUUAUGUCAGAGUCCAUGUCAUUUUUGUUGAGGAAUGCAUCGGAUGAGCAACUUGAAAAAGGGAUCAGCUUGAUCCUUUCUGAAGUUGCACAUCAACCCAACAACGUUGGAGGAGUUGGAUUGCUAUAUUAUGCUAUGCGGGGUACCUGUGGAGGACUCCAUUCCAAAGCUGGGAGAGUUUUGAGGUUCUUGCUGAAAGAUUCAACAUUAUCUCUUUGUGAUAAUUUUCCUCAAGGCCCUGGUACAGUCGUGGAAGUUGUGAGUUUGGUUUUGCAGAGAAUAUGCGAGGAUUUGGAAGCAGAAAAAUCAAUUGUCAUGUGGGAGUACUUGUAUAAGAAUAUAAACAAAUCAAUUUCAAACAAAAAGUCAGUUCAUCUAAGCCGACUAUUGAAUGUGCUUACUGCAGUUGUUAGGAUUGAGAAAGGUCGCAAGGUACAUGAUAGCUCGUCACUGAUUGGAAUCGUGAGCCGCAUUGUGUCAACGUUUGUUGCUUCCUCUGGGACCCUUGUAGAAGGCGAUAAUUUAUCUGCUGUCCUCGAUGAAGUUUUACAAUUGAUAUUAUGCACAAUCAACAGAGUCAAUGAAAUGCCAAUUGUUGCUUCGCAAUGGGCUCCGAUUUUUGCCUUGAAAAGUUCAAGUUUGCUGACUUUUUUGAGGGAGUUCCUACAGAAGGAUCAUUCCGUUGUGAAAGCCUUUACAAAUAAUAUAUUAAGUGCAAUUAACAACAUGAUUUGGGAGUCUCCUAAGGAAGUUAUUCCUCUGUUACUAACACUAUGUGAGAGUCAACAAACAAGUCAUGACGGGGUGAACAUCAUAAAUCAAAUAUUUGAGGGUAAAUAUGAGAGAAUUCAUUCGUUCUUGGAAAAGAAUUUAAAAGAGAUUCAACAGAAUAUCGAGAAUACUGGAUUAGUUCACAUUGACGAGGCCAAGUUGGCUAUCAUUUGGGGAGUUGUCAAAUGUUAUCCUUAUUUUAGAGUGGAUUCAUCAUUACUGAUUUGCUUUAAGAAGAGUCUCAGACAGCAUUUGGGAGUGUCGGAUGACACUUUUAGUGCCCCAGAAUUGAUGUGGCAGAGCUUACUUGGUACUGCUUUGAGGUCAUGUUACAAACUGCCGGGAAGAAUCAACCACAGUGGUCUAGAGGAAGCUUUGUCUUUUGCUAAAGAUUAUAAGUCAUGUGUGCAAGUGUUGUCUCCCGUGGCCGAUUUUUUGGAUUAUAUCCACAGGCCAGCAUUAGCUCAUGAUGACAGGUCCAAGGCAUAUCCAGAACUUCAAGCAAAGAAGGCUGUAGAAGCUUUUGACAUAUUUUCUGAAAAUUUGCGUCACCCAAACAAAGACGUCCGACUUAUGACUCUGAGGAUUUUGUGCCAUUUUGAAACUCUAUCGUCUGACCCUUCUUUUGAAGAGCAUCCUCCUAAGAAGAAAAUGAAAACUGAAGAGAUUAUAAAAUCUCUUCCUAAAGGGAAUGUUCUUCAGUUAUUACGCUCAGUCGAAGAAACUGCUCCCACAGUGGAUACUAGUCGGAUGUUGGUCGGUUUGAUCUCUACAAUACAAAAGGAUCUCUCCGCUGGCAGGAUACAUGAGGCAUAUGUGAAGCUUGUAUUGAAUGGGAUGUUGGGACUAUUACAUAAUAGAUAUUUGGAUUUGUGGGGUCCAGCGUCUGAGUGUCUUGCAGUUCUUGUGAGGAAUCACACAGGUGCGGUGUGGAGUGAUUUUGUUUGUUAUUUGGGGCAGUGCCAACUAAAAUUUGAGACACUUCACGAUCAUAGUGAGAACGCGAACCAAAGCAUCUCAGAGAGGCAUAAGGAUCUAAUGGGCCGUUUCAAUUCAUUUCUCUUUCCACCGUCUAAUAGCACACCUAUUGCAACGGUGUUAUCUCAGCUGCUACAGACCUUACAAAAGGCUUCCAGUGUUGCUCAGUCUCGCGCUUCUGAAAUUCUCCCUUUGUUGUUGAAAUUUCUGGGAUACAACAGCGAAAAUGCUUUGAGUGUCGGAUCAUAUAAUGGCCAAGUUUGUAAAGGAGAGGACUGGAAGAGGGUUCUUAUACAAUGGUUGACUUUGCUGAAGUUAAUUAAGAAUCCUAGGUCAUUUUGUUUUAGUCAAUUUGUAAACGACGUUCUUCAGAAUAGGUUCCUGGAUGAUAAUGAUGCUGAAAUACAAACUAAUGUUCUAGAGUGCCUUCUGUUGUCGAAUGACUUCUUACUCCCACACCGCCAGCAUUUGUUGAAUUUGAUCAAACCUAAAGAAUUGAGAGAAGAACUCACAACCUGGAACUUGUCUGAAGACAUCGUAGAACCUCACAGAUCACAAAUUUUUUCAAUUGUAAUUCGCAUCCUUAUGCCAAAAGUUAGAACAUUAAAAAGUUCGGCUUCACGGAAGCAUACAAGUAUCCGUCACCGGCAGGCAGUUCUUUGCUUUAUAUCUCAGCUGGAUGUUAAUGAACUUGCCCUGUUCUUUGCCUUGUUGAUAAAGCCUUUGAACAUCAUAUCAGAGGAAACAAUGGACUCGUUUUGGAGUUCUGGCGAAAGUUCUAUGGACUAUUUCCAUAACUCGAAUUUCCUGAAGUAUUUCACUGUUGAUACUAUUUCGACAUUAUCCAGGAAUCAGAAAUCUGGGUUUCUUCAUGUCAUCCAACAUAUCCUUGAAGUCUUUGAUGAAUCUCGUGUCCGACCUUUUCUAGACUUUUUGAUGGGAUGUGUUGUCCGGCUAUUGGGAAACUAUGCUCCAAAUAUUGAUGAAGAAAGGAACAUUGAUUCAUUGGCAGCCGACCCAUCAACUGCAGAUGAUAAAGAAAAUGCUUCAAUAAAUCAUGACCAGGCUGGUACUGCUUUGAAGCAGUUUAAAGAGUUGAGAUCCUUAUGUCUGAAAAUCAUUGCUCAUGUUCUUGAUAAAUAUGAGGAUUGUGAUCUUGGCUCCAAGUUCUGGGACCUCUUCUUCUCGGGAGUGAGUCCGUUAAUUAAGAGUUUCAAACAGGAGGGUUCUAGUAGUGAGAAACCAAGUUCCUUGUUCUCAUGCUUCUUGUCAAUGAGUAGAAGCCGUAAUCUCUUCACCCUAUUAUGUCGGGAAGAGUCUCUUGUUCCAGACAUUUUUUCAGUUCUAACAGUCGCCACAGCUUCAGAAGCUAUAAAGUCUUCUGCCUUAAAAUUCAUAGAGAAUCUGCUUUGCCUUGAAAAUGAGUUUGGUGAGGAUGCCAAUAUGAUCAGUGGAUUCUUGGAUCCUUAUAUAGACGCACUGAUUAACAGCUUGCAUUCUCUUUUCAUUGGAGAUAUACUGAAAAGGAAAUCAGUGAAGUAUCAUGGUGAAAGAGAGAUUAAAAUUCUUAAAUUACUGUCAAAGCGUGUGCGAGAUCCCUCUCAUGUUAUGAAGUAUUUGGACGUCUUGCUGUCUUUCUUGGAUAAAAGUGUAAAAGAUUCUGAUAUUCGUCGUGAGGCUUUGCUAGCUAUUCAGGACAUCAUACCGUUCCUUGGGAUUGAGAGUACCAGCAAAAUUAUAAAUAUAAUCUCUCCUCUUCUUGUUGACGCUGAGUGUGAAGUUAGAUUAUGCAUUUGUGAUCUACUUGAAUCUAUUGCAGAAAAAGACUCUUCUCUGGUUGAUGUGGCGAAGCGCAUCCGCGAUAUGAAUGCCAUCUCAGCCAUGGAAGUUGACGACCUGGACUAUGAAAAGAUAGUUAAUGCUUAUGUGGAGAUUAAUGCAGAUUUUUUUAAUAAAUCCUCAGUGCAGCACACAAAGAUCAUACUGUCACAGAGUAUAUACAACGUAUCAUCAGAAUCCAUUAUGUUAAGGGGUAGCGCACAGAAGCUCUUGUCUUCUUUCAUUGAUUUUUCAGCGUCAAUACUUUGCGAAGAGGCUUCACCACACUCUGAACUUGGUAAAGAGGUCAAAAUAGCUGAUGUAAGCUGGACAGGAGAUAGAAUACUGUGCACUUUAAGAAGUUUCAUUUUGAAACACAUGGGAGAUGCAAUAAACAGAGGAGGCAUCAUAAUAAAGGAGUGGUUUCUUUUGAUACGGGAAAUGGUGACCAAACUUCCAGAUGCCGGAAAUCUUUCUGCAUUCAGACCUUUAUGCUCUGAAGACGAGAAUGUAGACUUUUUUAAAUCUAUUGUACACAUUCAGGCACAUCGUAGAGCAAGGGCAAUUUCACGUUUUACAAAUGUGGUCAAAGAUAGCAGUCUGCCUGAGGGAGUAGUGAGAAAACUUUUGGUCUCGGUCUUUUUCAAUAUGUUGCUUGAUGGACAAGAUGGAAAAGAUAAUAAUGUCCGAAAUGCAUGCACAGAAGCCCUUGCAUCUGUAUCUGCACAUAUGAGUUGGAAGUCAUACUAUGCUCUAUUGAAUCGGUGCUUUCGUGAGAUGAACAAGCAUCCAAAAAAGGGAAAACUCCUGCUGCGACUUAUCUGCUUGAUUUUGGAUAAAUUUCAUUUUGCAAAAGAUAGUUACCCGCAGGAGGCGGAGGAAAUUAGGACUUGCCUACAGAAAAUUGUGUUCCCGAAGAUCCAGAAGCUGAUGAAUUCUGAUUCUGAUAACUUUAAUGUUAACAGCAGUGUGGCUGCACUCAAGGUUCUAAAACUACUACCUGAAGAUGUAAUGGACUCAAACCUGUCCUCCAUAGUUCAUAAAAUUGCCAGUUUUUUGAAGAAUCGGUUGGAGAGCAUACGUGAUGAAGCCAGAUUGGCUCUGUCUGCUUGUUUGAAAGAACUUGGGCUGGAGUACUUGCAAAUUGUAGUCAACGUUUUACGUGCUAUCUUAAAACGAGGAUCUGAGGUGCAUGUGCUGGGGUACACUCUCAAUUUUAUCUUAUCAAAGUCCCUGUCCAAAUCUACGUGUGGGAAGCUAGAUCAUUGUUUGGUUGAUCUCCUUGCUGUGGUAGAAACCGAUAUCCUUGGAGAGGUUGCUGAACAGAAAGACGUGGAAAAAUUCGCAUCCAAAAUGAAAGAAACAAGAAAACGAAAGUCAUUUGAGACUCUGAAACUGAUUGCUGAAAAUGUAACGUUCAGAAGCCAUGGAUUGACGUUACUCUCUCCUGUCACUGCUCAGUUGCAGCGGCAUCUAACUCCGAAGAUCAAAUUUAAUCUGGAGAAGAUGUUAAAACAAAUUGCAGCUGGUAUCGAAAGCAAUCCAUCUGUUGACCAAGGAGAUCUUUUUGUUUUUAUAUAUGCCCGUGUUGAUGAUGGCAUUAACAAUAGGAAUGUUCUUGGAGAUCAAGUGUCUUCUACACCAUCCAAAAAGAAAAGGAUUUCAAGAGAUCUGAAGAAGACCGCUGGGUUGAUUUCUGGUGCUAAGUCAUGCCCACAUCUUAUAACUGUGUUUGCUCUUGACUUAUUGCAUAACCGAAUGAAAAAGUUGAAAUGCGACAACGCCGAUAAAGAGCUGUUGUCCAUGUUAGAUCCAUUUGUCAGACUACUUACUGGAUGCUUGAGUUCUAAGUAUGAGGAUAUCGUAUCUUUAUCUCUUAGAUGUUUUACUUCACUAAUAAGGUUUCCACUGCCCUCCCUCAUGUCUGAAGCAGAUGAAGUAAAAACAGUAUUGUUAACCAUUGCUCAGUCUGCAGUGAGUUCCAGCAGUCCACUUGUGCAGUCAUGCCUUAAGCUGUUAACAACGCUUCUCGACAAUAAAAAUAUAACUUUAUCAUCUGAGCAGUUGACAAUGUUGGUUCAGUUCCCCAUGUUUGUUGAUCUGGAUUCUGACCCAUCCUUUGUUGCUCUUUCACUCCUCAAGGCCAUCGUGAAACGGAAGCUUGUGGUUCCAGAGAUAUAUGACAUUGCUACUCAGGUUUCAGAAUUGAUGGUAAAAAGUCAGUUGGAAUCAAUCCGCAAGAAAUGUAAACAGAUACUGUUGCAAUUUAUGGUCCACUAUACUCUUUCUGAUAAACGUUUAGAGCAACACGUGAACUUUCUGCUGGAAAAUCUGAGGUAUGAAUAUUCAACUGGAAGAGAAGCAGUUCUUGACAUGCUUCAAGCGCUAAUCUUGAAAUUCUCAGAACCUAAUCUCGGCAAGCAGUCGGUUCUUGAUCGGCAGUCGAAAACAUUGUUCCUUCAACUUGUUCUUUGUUUGGCCAAUGAUAUUGAUAAAGAUGUGCGGUCUCGGGUUGGUGCUGUGAUAGAGCUUCUGAUAGGUCGCAUGAGUACGGAUCAAGUUGAUUCCAGUCUCUUGUACUGUUUGUGUUGGUAUAAGCAGCAGAACUUACAGGCUUGUGCAGCACAGGUAUUGGGAUUUUUUAUUGACACCAUGAAGAAAACAUUCCGGAAGCAUAUCUACAAUAUACUGCAGGAUGCUAAAACGAUUUUGGAGUCUGCUGUUAAUGCUUCUAGCGUACAGUUGAAGGAUACUAUUGAAGAAGGCAGUCUUCCUUAUUGGAAGGAAGCAUACUACUCACUGGUUAUGUUAGAGAAGAUGCUCGAACAGUUUCCUGAUUUAAGUUUCGGAAAAGAUUUAGAGGAUAUUUGGAAAAUGGUGUUUAAGUUCUUGUUGCACCCACACGCAUGGUUGCGAGAUAUAUCCUGCCGGCUCCUUAAUCGUUAUUUUGUGGCAUUGGCUGGGAAGAAAAGAGCAGAAUCUCAGACAUUAGUUGCUAAUUCUCUUUUAGAGAAGCCAAGUAGCCUGUUCAUGGUGGCUGUUUCUCUUUGCUUCCAGUUAAAGGAGCAAUCCACCAGGGACAACGUUGAUGUUGAUUUACUCACAGCCAAUAUUGUUCUUGCGGUCUAUAGUCUUCAUUCUCUUAUUGGAAAAUCUGAUCAAGCAAUUCACAGUGGGUUCUGGUCCAGUCUUGACGAGGAUGAGCAAGUUGUGUUCCUCAAAGCAUUUGAAGUGCUGGAUUCAGGGAAAGGAAGGUCUACUUUUUUGGCUCUUACCUCAGGCAAACGUACUGAGAAUGGUGAAGAUAAUGCGAAUGAUGUAAGAAAUGUAUUGAUCGGAAGUUUGCUCAAAAGAAUGGGGAAGCUUGCUCUUGAUAUGGAGUCUAUUCAGAUGAGAGUUGUGUUCAACGUCUAUAAAGCUUUUGCCUCGCAAAUGAAUCAAGAAGAAUGUCGCUUAUAUGCCUACAAAAUUCUGCUUCCGUUGUACAAAGUCUGCGAAGGAUUUACCGGAAAAAUCAUCACAGAUGAGUUUAAACAGCUAGCAGAAGAUGUACGAGACAGUAUAAGGGACAAGAGUUUAGGCAACAAAAUGUUUGUGGAAGUCUACAGUGAAAUAAGAAACAGUUUGAGAACGAAACGAGAGAAGAGAAAGCGAGAAGAGAAGCUAAUGGCAGUGGUAAAUCCAGAGCGAAACGCCAAGAGGAAACUAAGGUUAGCUUCAAAGAAUAAAGCAAACAAGAAAAGGAGAAUGACGAGCAUGAAAUUAUCUAGAUGGGCUUGCUCUUGAAAACCCUUAAAUGAAAAUUUUGUUACAUCUCUUAUAGAAAAUCAGAGAUAAAUCAUCACUUUGUGAGUCUACUGUACCAUGUUUUCAAUUAGAAUAGUCCUUGUGAAAAUUCUCAAUUUUGAUCCAUUUUAUCUACAAGACUAGCGUUGAAAGGA